GUGAUUGUGUGUAUCAUAUUAUUAAAUAUAGUAUCAGCCAAACCACCACACAUAUUGUUCAUAGUAGCUGAUGAUUUCGGUUGGAAUGAUGUUGGAUUUAGAAAUCCUGAUAUGAUUACACCAAAUAUAGAUAAAUUAGCUACUCAGGGUGUCAUCUUUGAAUCAGCUUAUGUUCUUCCAGUAUGCAGUCCAUCAAGAUCAGCUUUCAUGUCUGGAAUGUAUCCAUAUAAAACUGGUUUACAGCAUAUCGUUAUUGGUGCAAAUCAAAACACCUGUUUACCAUUAGAUUUAACUACUUUACCACAGCCGUUAAAGGCAGCAGGAUAUGCCACCCAUGCCAUUGGAAAGUGGCAUCUUGGAUUUUGUAGCUGGAAAUGUACUCCAACUUAUCGAGGUUUCGAUUCCUAUUUAGGAUAUUAUAAUUCACAAGAAUAUUACUAUAAUCAUACAUUUGGAGGUCAGACUUAUCUUGAUUUCCACGAUGGAACACGAGUAGCUCGAGAAUACAACGGCCAAUAUUCAACUUAUGUGUAUAAUGACAGAAUUCAGAAGAUCAUUUCCAAACACAAACCAGAUCAACCUUUAUUUAUGUACUUAGCGUUUCAAAAUGUACAUUAUCCUAUACAGGUACCACAAAAAUAUGCUGAUAUGUAUCCACAUGUUGGGAAUGAAGGUCGUAAACAGUUCUCCGGAAUGGUAACCGUUCUAGAUGAAGCUAUUGGUAAUAUAACAAAGACUUUACAAGAGAAAGGAAUGUUGGACAAUACACUCAUAUUAUUUACAACUGAUAAUGGUGCUGAGCUCUUUAAAUAUGGAAGCAACACACCAUUACGUGGUGGUAAACAUACAUUAUGGGAAGGUGGUACUCGAGGUACAUCAUUUAUGUGGGGUGCAGGAUUAGAAGAAACUGGUAUAAAAUACAAUGGACUAAUUCAUGCUGUUGAUUGGAUGCCUACGUUACAUGGCGCAGCAGGUGUCAAGCAAGGUACUUCAUUUUUUAUCGCCUUCUAUGGAAUUAAUCAGUGGGAUUCUAUUAGAAAACAUAAACCAUCAGCUAGAACAGAAUUUAUCUAUAAUUUAGAUGAUGAAGAAGAGCCGACACAGGGUCACGCCGGAAUCAGGUACUUCAACGCAUACAGAGAAUCAUUUUGCAUCAAAGCAUUCUUAUUAUCUGGUGAUUGGAAAUUGUUAUUAGGUUACCCUGGUCAGAUAGAUGGAUGGUACAAACCUAUGAAUAAUACUCAAGAUUUUUCUUUGUAUGAAAAUAUAUAUAGUUCGGGAGAUAGUCCAGUACAUCUAUUUAAUAUUGCAGAUGAUCCCUUAGAAUACCACAAUAUAGCCAGUCAACACCCUGAUAUAGUAGCUAAUCUAACCAGGAAAAUUAAAGAAUAUAGAAAGUCGAUGGUACCGGCUAACUAUCCACCUGGUGAUCCUGAAGCAGAU